AUUAUUACUGUAGCGCAAAUCAGUAUAAUAUGAAAACUAUUGGCUGCGGACUUGUACAAAUUCCCAUUGUUACACGAUAUAAAGUAUUUUGUAUUCGAAGAUCAUUAGCAGGCGGGGUUACGAGUACAGGAUGGCAACAAAUUCUUGGAUGCACACUAAGAAUUCUACUGCUUUCGUCGUGGGGUUUAAAGUCUAUCGAUUAUACUUUACCGCAAACAGCUGAAAAAAUCAUCGGCGUUUAUAUUGAAUUUGGUCUCUUAUCUCUUCAAGUAGCAAAUGGCAUUGUUAUUCUUAUUGGGUUGUGGGCGAACAACGUUUUCUUUCUUUAUCCAACACUUGUAAUCAUUCCAGGAUGUUUCUUAACCGAUAUUAUUAUAAAGGGAUCCUGCUAUGCUGCACUUUUUCUAACACCAGAGGUUACUUCAUUUGGAGUUUUAUCUUUAAUUGAAGUUUGGUUUCGUGGAUUAAGUUUGAUGUACGGAUGGAUUAUUAUAAUAUCGUAUAUUUACUAUAAAAGGAAUGAUUGGAAAUUAACGGAAGUUAACAUUCAGUUAAAUCCAAAAACUCCAGAUCGAGUUAGUGCGAUUGUUCGUCGCGCCUCUUCUAAAUCUCCAUUUAGCCGAAAUUCUAGUCUUUCACAAAGAGGAAGACGAUCUUUCUUGCUACGUAAUCCUUCGAAGAAAGCCAACAAAAGUGAAAAUGGUGGUGCUGGACAGGGGGUUAAAACUUCACCCGAAAAACUGAGCGAAAACGAAAAUAUUACUCAAUAUGAUACAGCACUUUUAAAACAAACAGUAAUGGAUAACCAGAAUCCAAACAGUAACCACGACGAAAAUUCUUCAAUGAAUAACGAUAAUUUAACAGAUUCAGUCAGAGAUGGCGAAUCUGAUAUACUUUUGGGAGAAUCUGCUAUGAUGAGUAUGAAGCGAAUACCUUCUCAGCGUAACAAAAGAGAUAUUUCUAACCCCGGAAGUUAUAGUGACAAAACCGGAAGUAUGGCUUCCAAACCAUUUAUUCCGACGUCACUUCAACGGUCACCUCCGCCCAGAUACAAAAAGCGAGGAGGAUUCAUUCCAGAGGUGUUAAGAACACCAAGUAGUAUAGAUAGCUCUAAAAAACCUGAAGCUUUGUCGCUAAAAAGAAAAACUUCCCAAAAAUCCCAGAGAAGCGCCGAGUCUGAAUCAACAUUAGCGGCAAACACAAUUGAACUUUCAACUUCCGCACGUGAGCCUUCUGAUGACGAUGAAGCAUCACUAUUGCGACAGAGUAAAAGCAAAAAACACAAGUCACAUAUGCAGACACAAUCAACACGAGAUAAUGAUACAAGGCCACCGAGUCUCCCCAGUCGACCACCAGUGGGAAGAUUACCAACAAAUCCACCAAGAACAAAACCAUCUGGACUACCACACAUGAAUUGGUUUAAAAGGAUAAAAGACAAUUCACCUCCGGCGGAUAGUCCAGUGGCUUUGGGCAAAAAACAUGUUCCUGACCCAGUGCUGGUGUGAACAAAGAAGGG